AUGUUAUCUGGCAUCGUUGUCACGGCAGUCCUCUCGGCUACUGCUGCUUCUGCUCUGACCUAUCAGAAUGUUUCCGAAGGCUACUCACCAGCAGACAAGACUUGUGACUACCUUCACAGGACCUUUCCUGAUAUAACUUCCUUCUCCAACCAGAGCUCUUACAUUGUGGAUAACACCAACUUCUGGUCUGCAGCAUCUGUAUUGAACCCAGCAUGUGUCUUCGCUCCCUCGGGUGCAGAAGACCUAGCCAUCGCCGUCAAAGCUCUCAAGUACUAUGGCUCACCCUUCGCCAUCAGAGGAGGCGGACACAUGCCCAUCGGUGAUUCCAACAAUAUCAACUCCACUGGUGUCCUUCUCUCCAGCAGUGGUUUCAAGCGCUUAGCUUUAUCCCCUGACAGUUCCACCCUCCAUGUCGGUCCUGGAAACCAUUGGGGCGAUGUUUACAACUUCCUCAACAACACUGGCAAGAGCAUUGUCGGUGGCCGUCUUGGUGUUGUGGGUAUCCCUGGUUUCAUCACCGGUGGUGGUAUCAGUUUCUUCAGUUGGAAGUAUGGUUGGUCUUCGGCCAACAUUGCCAGUGUCACGGGCGUGAUUGCCAGUGGUGAAGUCGUUACUGCAACCCCCGACAACGAUUUCUCCGAUCUCUUCUGGGCUCUCCGAGGAGGUGGUAACUCUUUCGCCCUUAUCACCGAAUUUGAAAUGAUCACGAUCCCUGCCCCUGUGGUCACAGUCGGCACUACUUCGUAUGGAACCACGAAUCUGACAAAGGAAAGAUGGUUAGACGCCAUCUACAACUUUGCUUUGUAUGGGGGUGAAGAUUGCCACGAAUGCACGGUAACACCAAGUGCCAGUACUGGCACCCAAUACCCGAAUGGAACGACCUACACGGCGAUGAAAUUCUUCGAUGGCAAUGACACCGCACCACCUGCUCUUUCCAAUUGGACCUCGCCGUACUUGAACGCAACUUCCGACACCUUUGCCGCCACAACAAUGACUGAAUGGAGUCAAUCCGGCCUCGCCCAGUUCGACUCCAUCCACGGCCUCCGUAACCGCUUCCACGUCCUCUCCACCUACGCCGACCGUCGCGCCCUCCAGAUAAUCCACGAUACCUUUUUCGCUUUCGUCCCCAUCCAUCUUUCAUCCUUACAAACCUACAUCGCCACAUUGACUCCAAUGCCAAUCUCAAAACAAUACUUCCGUGCCAGCAAAGUCCGUGGUGGAGACCCAAUGGAUUUAGAUCCGGAAGAUGGCCCGCAUAUCUGGUAUGAGAUGAGUGUUUUGUACACGGUGGAGAGAGAUGAGGAAUAUGUUUCUGCGUUUUUAAGGGCUGUUGAUGAGGAAGUGAAGAAGAUGUUGGCGGCUGAGGGGAUCAAGCAGCCCAAGUAUCUUUAUCUCAAUGAUGCUGAUAAGGGGCAGCCUGUCUUCGAGGGUUAUCCGGCGGAGAAUGUGAGAAAGCUUAAGCAGAUUAGGCACAAGUAUGAUCCGGAGAUGGUGUUUACCAACCAGAUGCCCGGUGGCUGGAAGGUUGCUCACGCUUGA